AUGGCGUCCCACAGCACGAGGUGCCCGACGCUGGCGCCGCGCGUGACUGACCUCUACGGCGCCUGUGGCAGCGUUUACCGCGUAGGAGAGGCAGAAGCUUAUGCUCAAGCUCUGGACGACCUCGAACGUGAGGAAAGAGCGCUGGAAAACAUGGUACAGGAGCUGGUGCAUCGUCGAGCACCGGUGCCGAUCGGCGUGAAGUUCCACCGCGAGCGCGUUGGCGUUACUUUACAGCAAGAAGUAGCAGCAAGGGUGAAAGGCGUGCAAGAGAGCGAAGUGUCUUCUCGAGGUCGAGAGGUUUCGUCUGUGGGGUCGAGCUCUUCUGAUGAAGAAGAAGACGGAGAAGACGAAGACGGAGAAGAUGUGGACAACGACGAUGACGAGCUGAUGGACGAUGAGGAUGAGCGAGGAGAGGGCGACACGUCAACGAGAGCGACAAUUGUUCGAGGUGAAGGGCCGCAACGUGGCGGGUACUUGUUUGCACGCGAUUCGUUCGAGGCGGGCGACGACUCGAUGGAGAUGGAGGAGCCGUUGCGUCCAAGUGAUUGGCCCUAA